UCAAAAUGCGACGCCGGGGCGGUAGAGCCCCUUCAGGUACGGGAGCCCGAGCCGAAACCGGGGCCGGCGCUGGAGCCUCCCCUCGGGCCUGAGCCUCGGGGUCCGGCUUCCGGGUGUCGUUAAUGUUCGGGGCGGCCUGGAGCCAACCGAUCGGAGCUCGAGCCACGGCGAACCGCUGGCAUUUUAGUAGAACUAUGGAGGAACUGGUUCAUGAUCUUGUCUCAGCCCUAGAGGAGAGUUCAGAACAAGCCAGAGGAGGAUUUGCAGACCCAGGGGAUCACUCUCGAAGUAUGCCUUGUCCACUGAAACGCCAGGCAAGGAAAAGGAGAGGGAGAAAACGGCGGUCAUAUAAUGCUCAUCCUCCUUGGGAAACAGGCCACUGUUUAAGUGAAGGUUCGGAUUCCAGUUUAGAGGAACCAAGCAAAGACUACAGAGAGAACCAUAAUAAUAAGAAGAAAGAUCACAGUGACUCUGAUGACCACAUGCUAGUAGCAAAGCGGAGACCAUCAUCCAGCCUAAAUAAUGUUAGAGGUAAACGACCCUUGUGGCACGAGUCAGAUCUUGCUGUAGAUAAUUUGGGUAACAGAACUCUCCGUAGAAGAAGAAAGGUGAAGCGCAUGGCAAUAGAUCCACAACCUGAAAUCUCUAACCCAUUGACACUGACCCAACAGCAUGAAAAUAGAGACCAAGAAAUGGACAAUGACUGUAGAUCUUACCAACACCAGGAGUUCAGUAAAAACAAAGUUAAAAAAAGAAAAUUAAAAAUGACUAGACAGGGAUUGAAAAUCCAAGACGAUGGAGUGGUUUGGGAAAAUGAAGAAUUGGUUCAAGUCAAGGAUAAAAUGGAAUAUGAAGAACAAAAAGGCUCAGAUGAGAUCAUGAGUGAAAGUGACUCCAGCAGCCUCAGCAGCACUGAUGCUGGUUUGUUUACCAAUGAUGAGGGAAGACAAGGUGAUGAUGAGCAGAGUGACUGGUUCUAUGAAAAGGAAUCAGGCGGGGCAUGUGGCAUCGCAGGAGUCAUUCCCUGGUGGCAGUCAGAAGAGUCUACGGAACUAGGAAAAGAAUUACCAGAUCCUGUCUUUCAGAGUAUCUUAAGUGGCUCUUUUCCUCUUAUGUCACCUUCAGGCAGAAGAGGUUUCCAGGCUAGACUCAAUCAUCUACAUGGAAUGCCCUCAAAGAACAUCAAAAAAUCUGGAGGAAAUUCUACUACAAUGGCUGCAAAACUGGACCAGUGAGAUUCCCCUAUAAACCAAAUCUUCUAAUGCUAAUUAAUUAGUUACCGUUUUGAACAUCUGGGGAAUGACAUCUGAGGGAACCUGGCUCCUGUCCUCUUCCCUGGAGAUAUACUAUUGAAGUCAGAGCCUGUCUGGUGGAAAGAUGAGAAUGUUUUUGCUCAAGGACUGGUAUUCUUUACUUUUUUAGUAAGAAAUGAACCAGAUUGAGGGGUUUUUUUUAGUAAUAUAGGUUGGACAUGAGAGGAGGCAGACCAGCAUAAAUGACUUUAUGCCUUUUUUUAUUCCAUAUUUCUUUUAAGAUUGAAAUUUUGUAUUACUUUCUUUGCCAAAAUCUUUCCUAGAGUUAGGAAAUUUAGAAUUCAUCACUGAUCCAAGAAAUCCUUCAUGUUUUAUGUUAUGCCUAGUAAAGAGUAAUCUGUGCAUAUUUGAAUUGUUCUAAGUGAAAUGUGACUAAGUAGUACAUUGGCAUUUAUGGUUCCAUAUUAGGUGAAGGAUUUUAACCAGCAUCGUUCAAAACAUCUGAGUUCUCAGGGUACUUUCAAUGAGUGUAGAAGAGUAGUAGAUAAGAAUGCUCUCUUUUUUAUAUAAAGUUCACUUUUUAUACAAAAUGUGCAUCCUAUUUGAAUAAUUGGCUUUUUACUUCUGUAUUUAUUGAAAAAAAUUGUAAAUUAUAGUAUUGCUAUAUUGUAUUUUUGAAGUAGUCCCAGUUCUCUUUUUGCCAGGGAGUUGUCUUGAUGCACCACUAAAGAUCAUUGAGUGUAGUUUAGAAACCACUAGCCUGGGGAAUAUUUAACAUAGCCUGGAGCUAUCAGUUUUAUUUUUUUAUCUAAAAAUUGAUUUGAAAGCUGCUAUUUUUUUUUAAAAAAUGCAAAUACAAAGAGAUUUUUUGGGUUUAGAUAAAAAUGAGAACUACUCAUCAAAUAUCCAUAGAUCUGCAGAAAAUGUUGACUGGAGCAAUCUGAAAUUAAUUAGUUUACAUAAUGGUAAACUAAUAUUCACCAAGUUAAAAAAAAGUUUGUUGGACUCUGUAACCUUUAUAUUUUGUCCAGCAUAUGGCAGCUUGCAUAAUUAUAGUUAUAAUUGCGUCAAGGUGAUUAAAUUUAUUAAGUGCCAACAAUUUAUGAUAAUCAUUUCUUUGAUAUAUAUUUUUAUAUUACUUUAUAGCUGAAUUGUUGUAAUCCAGAAAUUAAGAUCAAUUUGAAAUAUUAAUUGAAAAGAAAUUUAGGUUGAAAUUGCCUUUACCUUACCUUUAUAUUACAAGGAGAAAUUUUUAACACAUACAGUAUUUCAGAAUGUUUAACAAUCAGUCUCCUUUCUUAUUGCUUAUGGAAGCUGAGUAUGGUUGAAUCACAAAUGUAAAGCUUCUCCUGCAACUGAAUAUUUUUGCUUUUGCUUAUUUAAGUUGGAUGCUGAUAUUUUAAAGGUAAUAUAGGUAUUUAAAGGUAAAGUAAUGUGGUUUUGAUAAUUGCAACCUAUUUUGUGUAGACCAUUAUGUGUUAUAGACUGGAAAUUCAGAUGAUUACUUUUGAAUUAUAUAUAUAAAAAAAGAAAUUUUUGUGUAAUGGCUGCCUUUCAGAUCUGAAUAAGACACUUUAAAACCUUGACCUAUGAACUUUGCCUUACUGAUCAUGAAUCGAGAUGAAUGCUAUCUAGUUCUUGGUGCAGUUCUACCUAUUUUUAUUUUUGGUUCACUGCUUGCUUGAGCAUAGCUGGGAUUUGUAGCCCAUUUUCUAGGCUUAUUGCAAUCUCACUCUGGUAUUUUAUAGGAGCUAUUACAACUGAUAGGUUAGCUUCAUGGUAUUGAUGAUACAUGGCUUAACUAUACUAAAAGCUGCCUUCCCCCUCUAAAUUGUAAAAAGGUGAUUAAGUUUCAGUUGAUGGAGAUAUACUGUAUAUAUGUGUUUAUAACGGGACUAGUGCAUUAGGUCAUAAACCGUUUCCCUGGCCUAUUUUUUUGUAUUCAAAAUUUAGCUGUAGACAGUGGCUCUUUCUUUUGCUUUUUACCUCUUCUCUUAUUUGUAGGACAUCCUUUUAGGGGUUUUAAAUGAUGUAACUUUAUUUUUAAUAAAAUAUUUAGUUUGGACAGGAAAGCUGUGAGUUCAGAUUUGUGAAAGUAUAUUAAUAAUAUUAAUUAUUGCAUAAUAUUUCUCUCACAAUCUUUAUCAUUUAAAAACUCAAGUAUUUGAAAAGUGAAGGCAUGUAAUAUGACAUUUCUAAAUAAAACUAAACAUAAGUAGCACAGACUCAUUGAACAGAAUGGUACCUGAUUCUGUUCAAUCAGUGAUUGAAUAGGCUAGGUGAGGAUUUUAUAAGAGCGGUAAAUUAUCAUAUUAAUAUAAAGCCAGGGUUCUUAACCUGUGGUCCAAUUUCAGGGGACCUGUGAAUUUGGGUGGGAAAAAAUUACAUCUUUACUUUUCACUAACUUUUGAUUUGCUUUAUAAUCCUAUUUAUCUUUAUGCACUUAAAAUCAUUAUUCUAAGAUAUCUUUAGGCUUCACCAAGCUGAAACAGGGGUCUAUGACACAAAAAAGGUUAAUAACUCCUAAUGUAAAGUAAAAAUAUUUGAGCAUUGUUCAAUAAAGUGGUAAUGGGAAUUUUGUAGCUAAAGUAAAUAAAUUUACUUAUGAUAGCUACCAUUUAUAUAGUGCUUAAAGUUUUCAAAGUACUAUUAUGUACUAAGCUCUGGUCAUUUUUGUUUACUUGGGCAAGCUUCACCCAUAUUUCAGUUGAAUCUUAUCUUUAUUACAGACUGUGUAGACUUAUUUUGAUAAAUGUCAGAUUGAAACUCUAUGCACUGGUUAUCACAAUACAACUUGUAUUUUAUACCCGACUCUUCUUAGAAACUUUUAUUUCUGUUUUUGUCAAUUAUGAAGUUGUUCAUUUGAAAUACCAUCCAUACUGUCAUAGUGAUUUUCCUCUAGAUAGAUCUGAGUUUUAUAACAUAAUGUAAAAAAAUAAAACAUGUAAGUAAGAUGGGAGCCAUGAGUGUUAUAGAAUAAGUACUGUUCUUAUUACUUUAAAGGCUGAGUUAACAGGAACCCAAGGAAAUAUAUACCUCAAAUCAUAUUUCUCCCUCUCUUCUUUCCACACCCAGUUUUUAGAGGGGAGGGGAAGGGACGGGAAUGGAAUAAACAUUUAUAUAGUACCCACUUUUUGUAAGGCACUAUCUGUGCUGAGGGACUUAUAAAUAUUAUCCUCAGAAAUAUAUCCUCAAAUAUCCUCGAUUUAUAAAUAGAAUCCUUAAUAACUACUGACCCUCACAGCAAUAUUUUGAAGGUAGAUGCUAUUAUUAUCCCCAUUUUACAGUUGAAGAAACAGAAGCAGAGUCAUACAGCUAGUAAAUAUGAGAGACUAGGUUUGAACUCGGUUUUUCUUGACUCCAGGCCCACCACUUUAUCCACUGCACCAUCUAGCUGCCUUUAGAAGAGUUACAUAAGUGAAAACAAAACAAUAGAGAUUUAAGGAAGAAAAAAAAAGCAUUCAGGAGAAGUCCUGGAUUAGUUUGUAUUCAUCCUCCUAUACAGUCUACAUGAUGUUUCAUAUAUUGUUUAAAAUGAACAUUUAGUAAGAAUUUUCUUAAUCAUAAUAGAUUCCACUUGUGUGCAGCAAUUUAAACUUUCACUAAAGCAAAACAGUAAUUUUCAGCAAGUUAUGGGAAAGGAAGAUACAUUUUCAGUUAACUUUUGUUCUAAAUACUAAGCUAACCAGAACAAUGUAUUCUGAAAAAUUCUAUUUAAGAUUUUACCGUAGUUGAUAUAUUCUGUUGGUGAUAUCACAUAUAUCAAGCUCUGUUAGCACCUGGGACUGUACUUUUUGGACUGACUAAAGAAAGAAAUGAGGAUUGGAGGAAUAGUGAGUAGGUGAAUGUAUCAAAAACCAAAGAAGUUUUUGCUAAAAAAAAAAAAAAGUAGAUGUAUUCCUUCAAAGGAAUUCAUUAAACAGCAAGGUGGUAAGACCUGAAUUCUAAUCAACCUUAGGACACUUACUAGCUCUGUGACUUUGGGCAAGUCACUUAGCCUUUUCCUCCAUUUCCUCAUCAGUAAAAUGGGAAUAAUAAUCACAUCAACCUUAGAGAUUUGAGAGGAUAAAAAUGGGUUAAUAAUUGUAAAGCACUUUACAAAUCUUAAAGGGAAAUAUAAAUGCUAGCUACGUUUAUUAUCAUCAUCAAUAAGUCUGAUUCAUUAAAACUUUACAUUAUUGUAAAAUUUUAAAAGCAGAACCAAAAAAUAAAAAAAACCAAAACUAAUAUAGUCUACAGUCAUAUAGAAGUAAAAGUGAGUGAAAAUGAACAAACACAGAAUCCCGAUGGAGACAUAGAAGGAAUAGCCAAAAUACAUUUAUUUAAAUGUAUAUAGUUGUAAAAUAAGUUGAAUCGUUUUUGUUGAUCUUUAGUUUUGUUUGUUAUAAAUCAUUUCAAAAAAGGAAGUUUACAUUCUUUAAAAUGCUACUUUUAACACAUCAUGAGAUUAGGAAAUUGCCUCAUUUAUUAAGGUCAAUCGAGGUUUAUAGCUCUAGAUAAGGACAUUAGAGAAUGUGUAGUAUAAACCUCUAAUUUUUCAGGUGAGGAAACGGUCUAACAGGUGAAGUGACUUGUUCAAGGGUACACAGCUGAUAAGUGGCAGAACCAGAAUCUGUGCCCAGGUCCUCAAACUUCAAGUCCAGCACUAUUUACCUUCCACUGUGCUGAAUUAUAGGACAACUAAAGGAGGUUUUAGUUUUUAAAUUAUAUGGUAGGCAACUCAAGUUUAAAAGAUUACAUAAAUAUUAUUUUGUGUAAUUAAAAUGAGAAUACUUAAAGGAAUAUUUCAAAGAAAACAAAUUUCAUUAUUGUGAUUUUGUUUUUUGCAAUUUGAAAUAUUUAUCAAAUUAAAAUGCUUACAAAUAUUUGAUUCUAAGUGAGAAUGUUUAAUUUAAAAACUGUCAUGGUAUAUAAGAAACCAAACAAAUCUCAUUGAUUGAUGAUCUAAUAAGAAUAAUAAUUUAUUAAGCACCUAAUAUAUGCCAGAUGCUGUGUUAAAUGCUUUCCAGUUACCUCUCAAUCAGACCUCACAACAAUCUUGGGAGGUAGGUGCUAUUAUUUUCCCUAUUUUACAGAUGAGGAAACUAAAACAAACAGAGUUAACAGUUAAGUGACUUGCCUAAAGUUACACAGCUACUAGGUGUCUGAGGUGGUAUUUGAACUCAGGACUUCUUGACAUCAGGCCUGGGACUGUAUUCACUGCAACACUUAGCUUCCCACCUGUACUUGAUCCAUAUCUCAUUAGAUUUCACAAUCUGUUGUCCAAGUCACUAACUGAUAAAUGAAAGUAUGUAUUGGGUAUUUCCAUUAGGAUUUAGAUCUUAACAUGGCAUGGUAUUCAUAAAAAAGUUUUUUUAUUUGUGUGUGUUUCUGAUAUUUAUCACAAAAUCUCAUUUUCAACCUUUCUUUUAUAUGGUUGCUUCCAAUAUAGUUGGAAAGUGAUAUUUAGACUGAAUCAUAGCUGUUUAUAGAAUGACAAUUUAAAGUGGUUGCUGUUUUAACUAAAUGGACCAUAUAAGCCUUCCUUUUAAUUUAUUUAAUAGACCCAUGACCUCAUCAGUGUGGGUAUCCUCUCCACUUUUGUGGAGAGAAUAUGUACAAUAUUUACGAUAUCUACAACUUUUCAUCCUGUUUGCUUCUUCUUUUAUGUCCUUCCAUAAACUCUCCAAUAGAAAAUCAACCAACUAUAUUGGAAACCUUCCAGUUCUUUAAAAAAAAAUUUUUUUUUGAUACUAAUCUCAAGUCUGUUGUCCUGUGAACUUGAUAAAUGGCUAGGCCACAUCUUUUUUUUGGUCAUAUGUAUCAUUAAUGGUAUUUUUAUGAUAUUAUUGGUAAUGAAUGUACUAUGGCCUAUU